CACCUGAAAAUCUAUGUUGGUGCACAGUCAACAAUACAGCCAAGGACUGAAGACAUUCAAGCAGGAAAAAUUCUCUGGCCCCCUCAGGUAUUGGAAGGCAGCUAUGGGGUCCCUCCAGAAACUUCUGUUCUCCAGCCCAAACUCUCUCAGCCUGUACUCAUAGGAAAGGUGCUCCAGCCCUCUGAUCAUCUUCAUUGCACUCCUCUGGACUGUCUCCAGGAGCUGCAUGUCCUUGGGGCUCGAGAACUGGACAAAGUACUCCAGUGCUCAAUGGCUCUGGAUAAAAUGGAAGAUUUGAGUCUGAACCCAGUAGUGUCCCGAGCUGAGCUAAUGGAAAUGGAAGGUAUUGCUUUCACAGAACGAAUAUACAGCUCGUAUGACAAAGUGCGGAGGUUCAAAGCCAGACCUGAUGAUCUGCUCAUCGCAACCUAUGCAAAAGCAGGUACCACAUGGACACAGGAGAUAGUGGAUAUGAUCCAACAAAAUGGAGAUGUUGAGAAGUGUAGACGCGACACUACUUACAGACGCCAUCCUUUCCUUGAGUGGAAUAUCCAAGAGCCUCCAUCUGCGAGAUACUCAGGCCUGGAGUUAGCUGAAGCUAUGCCUUCUCCACGAACAAUAAAAACUCAUCUCCCUGUGCAGCUGGUGCCUCCCUCCUUCUGGGAACAAAACUGUAAGGUCAUCUAUGUGGCAAGAAAUGCAAAAGACAACCUGGUGUCAUACUACCAUUUCCACAGAAUGAAUAAAGGAUUGCCUGACCCAGGAACUUGGGAGGAGUUUGUGGAGAAAUUCAUGACCGGAAAAGUGCUCUGGGGUUCCUGGUAUGACCAUGUAAAAGGAUGGUGGAAGGCAAAAGAUAAGCACCGUAUUCUCUACCUCUUCUAUGAAGAUAUGAAGGAGAACCCAAAACAAGAAAUUAAAAAGAUUAUGAAGUUCCUGGAGAAGGACAUGAAUGAGGAGCUUAUAAACAAGAUACUCUAUAACACUUCAUUUGAGAUAAUGAAGGAAAAUCCCAUGGCAAACUACACUAAGGAGUUUCAGGGAGUAAUGGAUCACUCCAUUUCCCCAUUCAUGAGAAAAGGGGCUGUUGGGGACUGGAAGAAUUAUUUCACUGUGGCACAGAAUGAGAAAUUUGAUGAAGAUUAUAAGAAGAAAAUGGCUGAUACCUCUCUUGUUUUUCGCACAGAAUUGUGAUCAUUAGCAGUGGGAACUAUUCUCUAUGAUCUUCAGCCUUUUCCACAUUAUAUACUUUGCUAUUCUUUCACAAAAUGCCUGUGUCCCUAAGAUUUCAAUAUCUGUUUUUCACACACUACUGAUUUUCAUUAUCAUGAGAGUGCCCAAAUUAUGUCAAAGUUUAGGUUGAUUUCCCUGAAGAAAAUAAUCACACUGGAUACCACUCAUCCAUCACUCCACAGUAACUUUCAGAAUUAACAAAAAUAUUUCAAACAUGCUUUGAGUUUCUGUCUUUGUAAAACUGAGUUGAUGUUGCCAGCAUUUUCAAAUCAGCCUCUAGCAGAAAUUAGGGACCAACAGGAAAAAAGGUAUUAAAAGAGUGCAACAGGUGAAAGCAUUACAUGUUAUUUAUAUGUUGCAUGAAUAUUAAUCAAUAACAAUAAAUCAAUUUAAAGGUGGCCAGGUAUAAGCAGAGCAGCAGACUCACAGAAAGUAGAAUAAUUUUCUCUUAUUUGAUGCUGGGCAUCAUAAAUGCUAUUGGGAUGAAAGCACCAUUUCCAAAAACACCAAACACCCAUUUCGACCUUUGAUAAAACUUGCUAAAGGGCUCCAUACAGGCAUUUCUGUACAAGCCAGAUGUGGAGGCACUAGUCCCUGCUGCAACAAGACAAGAAGAUUUUCUCACUGUUGCCUUUUGAAAUGGAUAGCAUAGUCUUCUGUUAACAUUUGGAGAAUUCUGAAAGUUUGGUGUGAACCAAGUCAAGAAUCAGUGAUGCAUAUAUUCUCUCCCACUUCUCCCCCACUGUAAAACUGGCUGAUGCAACAUGUUAUGACCUUCUCCCUUCCUUCAGUCUUCUCUUGUUAACCAAACAUCUCAUUGAGGGCUCUUAGUUGUAAUAGGGCCUGGUCGAUAUUGUCAAAAAAAGACCAGUUUGGCUUUACCAUUAAUACCAGCACUAUAACUAUGCUUUGAGCUUGUGGGAAAUUAACUAAUGCAAUUCAUAGCCCAUGUAACUAUAGACAACUGUUACCUAUCCACUUUUGGUUUUGACAUGCCUCUACCGAGCUGGCACAUAAACAAGGUCCCAAAGAGUUCCUGCUUAACUGGGUUUACAUGCAAAUGCCAUAGGGAGAAAGAACAACUUAGGUGACAGCAGCUAGGGGUAAAUACUGUCUCAGUCUCAUCUAGUCUCACUUAGUCUAAUUUAAAACAGAAAAUGUUUGCUGGGGGUAUUUUCUCUUUGACAUGUUGAGAGUUCCAAGGACUGAGUAAGCAGCUGUCAACAGGCACAGUCCAUUUCAGGCUACCAAUUUAAUCCAUCUCUUUUAAAUUAAUGCAGUUAUGUAAAGGGAAGAAAAAUCUUGCCACAAGUUUGAAGGCAAACAAAAAAGCUCUUUGUUAAAUUUAGAAGUUACAUUGUCAAUUUCUGACUCAUGGGGUUUCCCCCCAAAAUGCAAGAAACACUGAAACCAGAGAGGUCCUGCCCACAAAUAAAGGACAUCUCAGUAGAAUGACUACCUGAGGAAAAAAUCAUCUGGCAGAGGUGCUUCUGUUUAUCACAGUAAGGCCAAAUAUCAGCCUCGAGAGCUUUCUGCUACUUGUUUGGGCUGUGUUUAUGAUUAACUUGAUUUGCUGCUUGCUAUCACACUAUUGCCAGUUGGAGGAAAAGGUGUUGCCUUCCCUCUGAGAUAUGUCCGUCCUUUUGGGUUGCUCAAUGAAACCACAUAAGUCAGCUCAGUUUGUCAAUCUAAUCUUCAUUCAGUGUCCUAAGAGCCAUCACUAAAUGGAAAACAUGCUUAACUCAGCGGUUUGGUGACAUUUUAUGAGUGGUGCUGUACAAAAGGCCACACAGAGCACUGAUUUGCUCCUCCUCUGAAAUCUCUGAAUCUAUCAGAAGUGCAAAAUGCUGAUGGUGGCUGAAGCCUGGUCUGAAGGGGAGCUGCACAGCCACAAGGACAGAGGCACCAAACAAUAAGGGGCUUGUAUCACAUUGGGAAAGUCACCUUUACUCUCACUGCCUUAGGUAACUCUUCACCCAGCUGCAAUUCAGCUGCUCUGAAAAACAGAUAAAAAGUAACACAGGUCAGAGUGCAGUCCUAAAAAAAAAAAAAAAAAGGUGGGCGGGGAAGGGGAACAAACACUGGAUGUGUGGUUACAUAAAACCUGGGGGAUAGAAAAGUGGGAUCUUUCUGCUUUUUAUGCCCUCUCAAGGGCCCCACCACAGCUGAGAGAAAUAACCUGUGGAUUCAGUCAUAAUUUGCUAAAUGUUAUUAAUUAUACCAUUAUAAUGCUACAGGGAACAAUGAAUUGUAACCAGUCCAAAUUAUUGGAUGUGUAAUUACUACAAAAGUUUGGAUAAAGGGUUAAUAGGCUGUAUGCAUCCCCCAGAAGGCUUGGAGACUACCACGCUUUGGUGCUUAUUAGGACAAGAUGUCAAUAGAGUCGUGCAUACGCUUCCGAGUAGGUGACUGGAGAGUUCCUGCAUCCAAAGUGUCUUCCACUUGCUUUAACUACUUAAGGUUUGUCAAUUGCUAUGUACAGAAGAGCUUUAAAUUAUGUGUUUGCAUACAGAGAUUGUUUACUAAUAACAACAUAAGUUGGUUGGAGGUUUCAUUUAUUUUUAUAUAAGAUAAUGAUAAAUCAAUGAGCACCUGCACAAGGAGAUUGUACAUAUAUGUUCAGCUAAAUUGUUUCAAAUAAAUUUAAACUAUUGUCAA